AUUUUGUAUUGUUGUUUACAAAAAAGUUAAAAAUUCAACGCAGCGGUUAAAUAAUGCUAGCGCACAUUUUCGUUAAUUUGAAUAGCUAAAUAAAUUAAAAUUAAUUACAAUUUUAAGAUAAAACUAAACCAACAAAACACUCAGUUAAUAAUAUGAAAUAAGUUUAAAGAUAAGGACAUCGUAACAUCCCAUACGAAAAAUCUCAGGGUAAGAAGGCUGUGGCUGUGGGCCAUACAACGACAGGGACAAAAAGGACGAGGCGGCAGCAAGAGAACUCACUACACAAAAUGUCAACCGAAGGACAACAACAGCAUCAACGGCUGCAGAAUCAGCAGCAACAACACACUCUGCUGCAUGGCCAUUCGAUGCUGACACAAUUGAAGCAGGCCUCAGCUGGAGCGGCGGCCGGAUUCUUUACACGCACUGUAACACAACCUUUCGAUGUUCUCAAGAUACGUUUUCAAUUGCAAAUGGAGCCCGUCAGCGAAGAUCAUCCCUCCAAGUAUCGCUCCAUGAUGCAGGCCAGCAAGCUGAUAUACAAAGAGGAGGGCCUCUUUGCCUUUUGGAAAGGCCACAAUGCUGGGCAACUGCUGACCAUGAUUUAUACGAUCUUCCAAUUCUGGUCCUAUGAACAAAUCGAUUUGAAACUGCGCCAGUACGAGUACUUGGAUGCGAACAAAAAUUUAAGACAUUUUCUUAGUGGAGGUGUGGCUGGAUGUGUGGGUACCACCAUAUCCAUGCCCUUCGAUGUGGUACGCACCCGAGUGGUGGGCCAGGAUCCCAAUCAUAGAAGCAGCGUAAUUCAUAUAUUUCCCAAUAUCAUUAGAACCGAGGGAUUCUAUGGCCUAUUUAGGGGUCUUGGCACCACGCUGAUACAAAUUGGUCCCCUGAUUGGUUUCAAUUUUGCCUUCUAUCACAAGACCAACGAUUUGUUUUUGACCAUGGCCGAGCCUCCUAAUCACCAUUUGCCUGUGGUGGUACAUUUGCUCACCGGCGGCGUAGCCGGUGUGGUAUCCAAGGCCAUAGUGUAUCCUUUGGACUUUAUCAAGAAGCGCUUACAAUUACAGGGAUUUCAAAAUGCACGACGUACCUUUGGCCGCAAUCAGGUCUGCUUUGGCAUUGGCGAAUGCAUACGACUCACCUACAAGGACGAAGGCAUCUUGGGCUUCUACAAAGGCAUGAACCCCACCCUGAUCAAAUCCGGCUUGACGACGGCCCUCUACUUUAGCUUGUAUGACAUUUUUAAGGCACAUUUUGUACCCGAAGUGGAAAGUGACGACUAGUAAAUACUAAAAUAACUAAUUUAUUACCAGAAAGGAAGUGUUGAAAUAAUGACGCAAAAUAUAAUAAAAAUGACAUGUACUUAAAUAAAAAGGAUAUGAUGAAGUAAUAGAAUUAAACCAAGCAGAGGCUUGCGGCAACUGACUCGAAGAUACAUGAACAAUAAAAACUCAACUCAAAGAUGUA